AGACAGUGUUUGUCCCAAUUCACAGAAUAAAAGUCCCAUUUCCUGCGCAAGAGUCAAUCAGAAACAGUUUUAUGGACCGUGAUUUGAAAACGAGCUGCGUUUAAUAAAUAAAAACAUAAACAAACGAUUAUAAAAUACACAAUAAAAGUAAAUAAAACAAAAUAAUGUGGAUGUCUUGACGUUUCGCCUACGUCACGCUCCAUCCGGCGCACCCCGGAAGUGCAUCUCUGCCGCGGUAAAUUCACGGAAGUGUUUUUAGACCCAUUAUUAAAACAUGAUUUAUUCAUAUUUUCUGUUUAAAUCCGCGCGGUGAGUCUCGGCUCUGGUCCUGGGAUCUGCGGAGGACGCAGGACACACCGGAGACUUCCGCGGUUUAGGCCCGGGCUCUGUCUCUGUCCCGGGACAGGUUCAUUUUCAUCAAGUCCCAGUGACGGUCUGAUGUGAACCAGCACCUGCUGCAGUACGAGCUAGUGCAGCCUCUGCAGCUCACAGGGGAGUCUGGAGGUUGUGAGGUUCACAUGAGGCCGGUCGCACCUGGACGUGUCUCUGUGGCAGAGGUCAGAGGUCAUGCCCCAAAAUGAACCCCGCCCGAAAACGCCUCAAACUUUCCCACAAUGCACCUCCUCCUCGAGCAUCAGGAGGCGGGACCACGGACGAGGAGGACGAGUUCCUAUUGGUCGAAGAGGACGCUACAGACUCCAGCCUCAUCAUCACCAUGGACGGGAGCCGGGUGAAGGCGAGGAGGAAGAGGAGGAAACAGACUGAAGACGAAGGAGGUGGGGCUUCAGAGAGUGAGCCCGAGAUUGACAGGCAGCUCGACCAAUCAUUGGAAACCAAAUCCAAACAGCACAACCUCACAGCCGCCAACGUCAAGACCAUCCUCCACGAGGUGAUCACUAACGAACACGUGGUGGCGAUGAUGAAGGCGGCGAUCAACGACACCGAAGCCCCGCCUCCUUUUGAACUGAAGAUGACGCGCUCGAAGCUGAAGGAGGUGGUGGAGCGCGGCGUGGUGAUCCCGGCCUGGAAUCUGUCUCCCAUAAAGAAAUCCAACGACGCCAACAAGCCUCCUCAGUUCGUGGACUUGCCUUUGGCUGAUGAAGACUCCUCAGAUGAAGAGUACAAACCCGACGAAGACGAGGAGGACGAGACGGCCGAAGACACGCUUCAGGAGAGCGACCUGGAGAGCAGCGCGUCGUCACCUCGAGGGAGUCGAGUCCGAGACGAGUCGAGCAGCCCCUGGCAGACGUCUCAGAAUCUCUCUCGUCGUUUGAGGGCGGAGCCUGUGCCUAUGGGCCCGCCCCCUCCACCCAAAGCCACACCCACUCAUGGGUUGAGUGACAGACCCAGAGCACCGCCCCCUCGUGGUUUGAUUGACAAAAGGAGUGUGAGUGACAGCACGUUCCUCGAGAAACUGCACGCCGUCGAAGAAGAGCUGAGUGUCUGCGGACAGUCCUACCAGCCCCUGCAGGACUCGUUGGACCUGAUGGCGCGCAGGACUCGCUCUAAGCGCCCACUCACAGACGUUCCUUUGGGGCAGCUGGAGGCGGAGCUACGAGAACUCGCCCCGGACUUCAACGAGACCAGAUCCUCCCUGGAUCCGGACCAGGACCAGGACCAGGACCUGGAAGAGGACCGGGACUGGACCGACUGGCUCCGAGGACUCAUGAUGUCUGAUGUGGAGGAGGAGGCAGACGAUGAGGACGACCCGGAGUAUAACUUUUUGGCCGACGCAGAUGAACCCGACCUGGAGGAUUACAGAGACGACCGAGCGGUGAGGAUCACCAAGAGGGAGGUGUGUGAGCUGAUGGAAGAGCUCUUUGAAACGCUGAAGGAGGAUCUGACGUCUCAGGACGUGGACGAAGAAGGACACGAAGAAGGACACGAAGAAGGACACGAAGAAGGACACGAAGAAGGACACGAAGAAGGACACGAAGAAGACGAGGAGACACUGGACACGCCCACCGCGCACACUCAGUCUUCAGAAGUCCCGGUCUUGGUCCCAGGUCGGGUUUUGGGGUUGAGGACGGUCCGGCAGCAGUUGGAGUUUUUGCGUAAACACGUGAAGCCGACGUCGGCGCCGGAGUCUACGGAGUCUGUGAGUCUGUCCCUGAACGCAGCGCAGCAGAGGAGACUCCAGCAGCAGAUACAGCAGCAUGUGCAGCUCCUGACCCAGAUCCACCUCCUCUGUGCCCCAGUGCCCCCCCUCCAACAGCUCGCCCACACCACCACACACCUGCUGGUGGAACUGGACUUCCUGGGUCAGGGGGCGGAGCUGGUGAUGUCAUCGCGUGGUUUCCAUGGACGCAGCAGCGCAUUCAGAGUGUGUAACCUGCAGGGGGCGCUAGACCUGCUCGAAGAAACCAGAGUCCAACCCAUCGAGUACAAGAGCCCCGCCCCCCGAGUGGACAAGAGAGGACACAUAAAGUCGUACCCGCUGGUGCCCGCUGAGCUCGCCUGGUUCUUCGCCACUCGCUCCGUCUUCCUCUACCCCGAGCUGCUGCCGUGUGCCAGUCUGGACCCCGCCCUCUACUGCCCCCGCAGGAGCCACGCCUUCACCCCCGCCGAGGACUGUCUGUUGGUGUUGGGUCUGCGGUCGUUGGACGGGACGCUCGACUCGGUUCGUUUACUUUCUCAGUUCGUUUUGAGGAAAAGUCCGGAUCAAAUCCGACGCCACAUCCUGCAGUGCUGUCGCCACGGCAACAGAGACAACGUCGUCAAGGCGUACAGGAGGAGGGGGUGUGUGUGGUCGAUGCCCAGAGCCUGUUCCCCUCAGACGGAGCUGCGCCCCCCGGUGGAGAGACACGAGCGCUGCCUCCCCCUGUGGAUCGCUAGGAGUCUCCCGGUGCUCCACGCCGCUCUUCGUCGUAUGAACUCCUUGGCUCCGCCCCCCUGCAGCACGCCCCGCCCCCGCUGCAGUCAGCUGACCCUGCUGCGCUCUGAUUGGUCCGGACCGUUUCCUGCGGGGACUUGUUUCCCGCCGCGACUCCCCAAAGAACAACUCGACUUUCGACGAAUCGGCUUCGUCCUGCUGCACCCGCCCCCCGACAACCGGCCAAUCACAGCGCAGGGGGAGGAGCCAAUCACAGAGCGGGAGGAGGAGCCAAUCACAGCGCAGGGGGAGGAGCCAAUCACAGCGCGGGAGGAGGAGCCAAUCACAGCGCGGGAGGAGCCAAUCACAGCACAGGGGGAGGAGCCAAUCGCAGCGCAGGGGGAGGAGCUGUCAGAGUCGGAAACAGGAAGCGUCUCGUCCAAUGAGGAGCCAGAGUCUGACACAGACACCUCCCAGCGGGACUCAGACUCCCAGCAUGCCCCGGGGCAGAGCACAGGAUGUGAUGUCACAGAGGAGCGGGAGGGGCUGGUGCGAGCGCAGAACGUCUGUGUGACCCACGGCAAACGAGUCGCCGUCUGGACCAGGGAGUCGGACCGACAGCUCCUAUUGGCCGUUCAGACGACAGGAGCCAAUCAGAGCACGUUCAGGGGCGUGUCCUCACGGCUCGGAGACAAGACGCCCCGACAGGUCAGGCUGCGGUUCCGUGACCUCAUGACCCUCUUCCACUCGUCCAAUCACAGAGCAGCGUCCGGCUCCAUGCAGGAACCAAUCAGACGACAGAAGGCCCCAGACUGACGGACCAAUCACAGCGCAGCGUCUUUAUUUACACAUUUACACAAAAACAUCUGGGUUUUAUUUUGAAAUGUCUCUGGACUUUGUUUUAUUUUGAAAUGUCUCUGGACUUUGUUUUAUUUUGAAAUGUCUCUGGACUUUACUUUGAAAAGUUCAUCAUGUCAAAAUAAGAGCGCCUUUGUUAUUUUAUUUUGAAAGUCUCUGUUUUUAAUAAAACCUGAACUCCACAA